UUUGCAAUCUGAAGGUUGUACAAAGUGACAUUAAUCUUUAACAACGCUAUCAAACUGGACAGCAGGCACCACAACUGCAGUGCAACAUCGUCCGCCAUCUUGUUUGCUUUGAGUUGAAUGGGUCACGUGACUAAAAAUACGUCAUUGUUUGUAAAUAGCUCCAUUUUGUCAAAUUUAUUCACUUGGGAGAGUGUUUUCAUUGGACAGAAGACUACAAUGUAGAGAAAAAUAUUUAAGUUUGUAAGUUUAUCCGGAUUAAUGUGGACGGAGACUGUUCACGCUCCGUAUCUGUCGGUGGCUGUAAUGCAGCCAAACCGUUUGCUAACCGCCAUUAGGCGGAGAAGAAGCAGCAGGUUGUCACGUGACCUACAGUCCGGCAAAUACGAACCUGGGAAGAAGAAGCUGAAGUUUUUAGAUGGAGAAAAGCUUAACUCGUAACAAUAUGGCGGAAGCUAAAUAUGUGAAGUUAGUGGGAUACAUUUUACCACCAAAGACAGACAACGCGGAUGAAGAGUCCGAAAACGACGAAGCAGAGGAAGAGACCUUGCCCGAGUUUCUGGACAUGAAGGAGAUGAACUGUGUGUCUUCUGGAGGAUUCAUGUUUCAGCACUCAGCUCCUGCGGCAGAGGAAGUGGAUUUCAUGUUUCAUGGGAAGAAAGAACGUGUAAGGGGCCGAUUUCCUCUCAGGAACCCAUGGUGGGAGAUCUCCUGCAAUGCCCAGCGAUACUCCCGUAAACUGAUUGUCAGCGGCUACCCCGCCUACAAACUCCGCACAGAACUGAAAAAUGACUGGCGCACUAUCGUGUCUCUCUUCCUGAAGGAGUGUGAUGUGGAUCCUAAUUUUGUCACUCGGUUCAUGGAGUGGCUGCCAAAGGACAGAUAUGUGGACCUCAUAAACAUAGAGGAAGCACUGCGUGAAUUUGGAGAGAGCGUCAAAGAGAUCAGUGCAGAAGCUGAUUAUGUCAAGACUAAGAUUUCUAAAUCAGAUGCAGGUUUUCAUGUAAGAGCUGCCACCAUCUAUCCUUUAGUCAUGAAACACCUGCCAAUGUUGCUGCCGGGGCAGUUUUUAAAUCUGCUGGAAAAAGGGAAAGAGGAAGAGGAGGCCAAGGAGAAACAGCAGACUAAAUAUGAUGAAGAAAACAUGGAGGCUUCUCCACAGAAAUCUGAUAAGAUUCCCUUAUUAGCCAGACUGGAAGAGCUCAUCAGGGCUGAUAACAUGUGGAAGUUUGGCUUUGGCUAUAUCAUGUAUAAAGAGUUCCGGUUAAUCAGAUGUGAGACUAAACUGACGGACUUUAAGUCCUGUGAGUUAUUCAGCAAAAUGUCUACUGAGCAACAAAAUGCCCUGAAGGUGUACAACGAGAUUAAACUCUACUGUUGUCACUCUGGCCACACCUACAUCGACCGGAAGGCUCUGGAGGAGAUGAUGAAGAAAAUGCAAGAAGUAAGCAUUUGGGGAGCCAUUGCAUUCCUCCGCAAACAUGGAGUGCUGAAGGUAGAAAAGGAGAAGAUUGCCCUGAGGAACCUCUACAACUAUGAGAAUGAUAUUGCUGAAUGUCUCCACAAGUUAAUAGUGGGGGAACCCUGGAAGAUUGAUCUGGACGUGAGGGAGGUUCUGCACUCUGCAGAACGUGAGAGAAGGAGAAACCAGCUUGCCACCAAGUCAUGUUCUUCUGCCUCAGGGACAAAUGGAGAAGAUAAUGAGUCUGGUCUAAGCGGAGAGUCUGCCUCAGAUGUGCAUGAGCCCAUGGAUGAAGAACCUGAGGCCACCUCUAUAGAGCUGGACCCGGACCAGGUGCGAGCAGCAGAGAUGAUGUGUGCCAACGCUGUGACAGUGAUCAGUGGAAAGGGGGGCUGUGGCAAGACCACCGUGGUCAGUGUGAUCUUUAAAGCUAGCAUGGAGCAAGAGGAGAAGAACAGAGAGGCUAAUGACAGUACCUGGGAGGAGGGUGAGCAGAAAGAGAAUGGCAAAAAGCCAGUGGAGGUUCUUCUUACUGCUCCCACAGGCAGAGCUGCAUCACUACUGUCCAAGAAAACCUGCUUCACAGCUUAUACCAUGCAUCAGGUCUUGUGGAGUUACAUGCUUACGAAAAAAAGCCCAAGUGGGACGCCAGUGGACUGGAAGUUUGCCAAUGUCCGAGUCCUGGUGGUGGAUGAGGGCAGUCUUGUGUGUGUACAGAUCCUUUCCUCCAUCCUGUCAAUGCUCACCAAACAUGCACAGCUACAAAAGUUCAUCAUUCUGGGAGAUAUAAGGCAGCUGCCCAGCAUUAGACCAGGAAAUGUCCUCAAUGACCUCUUUGCCAGUCUAAAGAGGGUGAACUGGGCCAUCGAAAUGCGCACCAACCACCGUGCUGAAUCAGAGCUCAUUGUCCAAAACGCUGGAUUAAUAGCGGAUAUGGGUGUUAGUAAAAAGUUUCAUCAUCUAAGCUAUGAUGCCACUGUGGAACUGGGUAAAACAUUCACACUGCCAUCACCAGACAAAAGAUUCAUUGAGAUCCUUCUUCCAGAAAAGGAAAACUAUGAUGAUCUACAGAAUUCUAUAAAGCGUUUGUUGCAAGGCCCAGCGCCAGGGCUGAAGGAUGAUGCAUCUUCACAAUUUAUUGCCUUCAAGAGGAAAGAAUGCGCUUUGAUUAAUGAGCUUUGCUGCAAGCAUUACUCUAACCACAACACCAAGACUCAUAAAAACAAAAUGGACUUUCAGAUCGGCGAUAAAGUAUGUUGCACAAGGAAUGGCUAUGUGACAGAUAGAGACAAAGAAAAUGAAACCAAAAGUAAAGAGGACGAUAUGGAUGGAAACAAAAUCAAAAAAGAGCGAUUGUGCAAUGGGGAGAUUUUCUUUAUUACACAGGAUGUGACUAAAAAGGAAGAGACUGCACGGAAGUGCAUUAAAGGGAGGUACCUGACCCUAGAUAACAAGCAUGACAAAAAGAUGACUGUUGAAUACAGGGAGCUAAUGAGAGAGUGUAAACUGCAGCAUGCCUGGGCUCGAACCAUUCACACCUUUCAGGGCUCAGAGGAAAAGACUAUUGUGUACGUUCUUGAUAGGGGCAUCGGUCAAACUUGGAAACACGUUUAUACUGCAGUCACACGGGGUCAGAGCCGUGUGUAUGUCAUAGCAAAAAAGGAUGGGCUUGAGAACGCCAUCCGAAGAUACAUCAUCAAACGCAACACGCGACUAGAAGGCCUUAUCGUGGACUUGCUCCAUAAUUUAAGAAUAGCAAAGAGAGAGUUUCUCAGUCAACCAAGUCAGUUUCAAUUCAACACGCCAGUGCGAGGUUCUGGAUUACAGACUUUUCAGUCUACACAUGCGCCACCGUCGAGCCCUGGUCCAUCCCAAGCCUACUCUGGAAUGAUGAGUUUCAAGAAUGUGACGUGGCAAAACCUGACUAACGCUGGUACUGGGUUUGGUGGCCUCAGUUCCCCCAAGUCAGCAAGUCCAAGUCCGUGUAAACGAGACAACUGCACCACAGCAUCCAAACAAAUGAAGGUGGACUUCGCACUGGGCUGCACCCAGGUACAGCAUCUGUCUCUUAACAGCUUCACUCCCAGGCAGCUCUUCCCAGAAACUCCUCAGUCGCCCCAGGACCAGUGAUUGCAAGAAAUAGCAGGAAGAGCCUGAUUUAUUUUGACAGGUCAAAGGUCAGAGUGGGACUUUGUGUGCAUUGCAGCAUUUAAGGUGAUUCACCUUUAAACUAGAUAUAGAUCCUGCAAAGUACAGAACGCCGUUCUGUAUUUUUGUGGAUUUCAGUGUGUGUUACUUAUAGAGUAUCACAAGUCAAGCAAUAAUAUUUCAUAUUCGUGGUGAUUUCAGUGCAGACUGAUGAGUAUUUCAAGAUAACAGUUCAAAUGUGUAAGGUGUGUAUUUUAGUUCAGUUUUCAUAUCAUGCAUGCCGUAGUGAAUAUAUUAUAUAUAUAUAUAUAUAUAU